AUGUUGCGGCGUAGUUUUCAAUCCUACACUUUGAUCUCUGUCAUGUUCACUUUAGUCGUAUCGGGUACUCAAACUGGAUUAAUUGGUGGUUUGGUGGGUACGAUCAGCGAUGUUGCCCCAAAGCUCAUUUCGUCAUUAGUUAAAGUUGUGAGCCCCCAUUAUGACCCGCACCGAUUUGUCAUUAUCAUGGAUGAUGAUAUCAAGUCCGUCAUCGAUGCUGUUGCCAACCCAAGCGCAGGUCCUUGGACAAAUGACGAGCGAGCUCACAACAUACAAAAUAUUGUCAAUGCUCUUAAGCAACAUGCACAAGAAAGACAAGAUCCAGUGAAACAAGUCCUUGAAAAGGCAAACUUUCAGUAUACAAGCAACUGGAUCAGCAACACAAUUGAAGUGGUGGAUUGUCCUACAAAUCUCGUGCAACAGAUUCUCGAUGUGACGAUAGUAAAAGAAAUCAUUUAUGACAUAAUCAUAGAUCACGACUCGAUUGAGUCUGAAAUUGAUGCGACGAAUACUACGAUUCCUAUGGGAUGGGGUGUCAAGAAAAUCAACGCGCCGAAUGUGUGGGCUUUAAACAAUACAGGACAGAAUAUUAUUGUUGGAAAUAUUGAUACGGGUGUGCGAAGUACACACGAAACUCUUGUCAACAACUGGGUUGGUCCAUACGGAUGGUAUGAUCCAAAACAACAGAGUGCAACACCUUUUGAUGCCAAUGGUCAUGGAACUCACACAAUCGCUACGAUUGCUGGUGGUAAAGGUGUGGGUGUUGCUCCUGGUGCUAAGUGGAUGGCUUGCAAGGGAUGUGGUGCAACAGGGUGUACGCUCUCCCUUUUAAUUGCAUGUGCAGAAUUCAUGUUAUGCCCUACAGACACGAAUGGCAAUAAUUGUGAUCCAACAAAAAGUCCACAUAUUGUUAGCAAUAGCUGGGGAAGAGGUCAAGGUAUGGGCUACUUCCAGCCAAGUCUUGAUGCUUGGCACGCUGCUCGCAUUAUUCCAGUUUUUUCAGCCGGUAACUUGGGUCGAAGUGGGUGUAGUUCAGUGGGAUAUCCAGGUGAUUCACCCGAUGUUCUGGCAUCUGGAGCCACCGAUAUGAACGACGUCUUGGGCGUCUUUAGCAGCCUCGGACCUUCUGUGAAAGGACUAAUCAAACCUGAUUUUUCAAGUCCUGGUGUUGACAUUCUUUCUGCUUGGAAUCGCGACGAUUCUGAUUAUAAAUUGAUGUCGGGAACGAGCAUGGCUGCACCUCACCUCGCUGGUACAAUUGCUUUGAUUUUAAGCGCACGUCCUGGCUUGAGCUUCGAUGCUGUCAAGACAUUAUUGAUUGGUUCGACUGAACAAGCUUUGCCAAAAGCUGUUUUGACGUGCGGUGGAACGCUGGAUGAUGUCUAUCCGAACAAUCAGCACGGACACGGCCGUAUCAAUGCAGAGAAGGUUGUCAACGCUGCACUUGCGUUGUAA